UCAUUUUCACUUUCACCAACAAUCGCCCUAAUCUCUUCCAAACCAUUCAAAACAUCUCAUAUUUCUUUGCCAUCAACAUUUAUGAUGGUGUCAAUAAGAUCCUUAUCUAUAACAUUGGUUAGUGGAUCAACAAAAGUUGGAAUGUUGAGUCGAUCUGGGUCUUCUCUCCCAUUUUUUCCAUUUAAAAGUUAUUGGACAAGAAUCGGUCCAGAUCUCAACAACAAAAUAUAGGGUAUUCUUCUUUCAUGAUCCUCAUUCAGUCAAAUAAGAGUUUUCUUCUUCGAUGCUCCAAGUUGCAUGAUGGAGGUAAGAGAUGAGUAGAGUUAUUUCAUGGGAGACAAAAAGAAAGAGAGGAUGAGAAAGAUUGGGAGAGAAAAGGUUGGUGGGUGCGUUAGGGCAUUAAAUGUCUCUUUCUCUCACUAGUUAAAAUUUUCAGCUCCCUCGCCAAAACCCUCUCAUGUGGACCCUGUGUAUCAGAUGGCUUGGAUUCACAUGGCUAAAACCAACUCCUCCAAUCACUGAAGCCCUUCCUAGAGCCACUCCACACUAACCGUUAAGAUUGAUUUUCCCAGACAGGCCCACAUCACGAUAGCGUGAGGAAGUCCUCACUUUCUGGCCUAUUAGAAGGAUAGCCGAAUUGGAUAAAAAGGAGAACAAUAUAGGUAGAAACACAUACGAGGAUGGGGGCUCUUGGUAGGUGGCAAUGAUACUAAUCUUGUGACAACUAUGGAGGAUUGUGAAAGAGGGUCAAGGUAAGAUAGUCAAUUUAGAGAGAUGUAGAAAUUUUAUUUUAGUUGAGGAGAAGGGAACAAAUAAGCCUGUUGGGGAUUGCUAAUUAAAAUGUUUGAAACUUUUUGAAAUGUCAACAAUGAUAUUUUUUUGUAACAUCUCGGUCCUUUUCCUUAUCAAAACAGUGUUUGUUUUGGGUCUAACCCCGUAUGAUUUUGUUAUUGGGUGCAUUAUGAUAACUUCUCAAUCGGUCAUACAUCUCUGCACUACUCCCCCUAAACAAGUUUGAUUUGAGAGUUGUUACAAAAGCUCCUUCAUUUCACCAGAAUACUUGUCUUGUCAUUUAAGGUUUCAUUAUUCUGUAAAGCCCAUGUAUCUCUCACAUGUUUUGUCGAUGUGUAGUUUGGAAAUCAACAUCCUUGUUGAGGUUUGCCCCAACCUGAUUCAAGAGUGACGCAGAGAGGGUAUGAUGCCACUUAUAACAUCUCAACCCUUUUUUGGCCUGGGAUAUGGUUUCUUUGGGUCUAGUCUCACACGAUUUUGCUUUUGGAUGCAAGUGAUUUUCAAGAGGUCACUCUUAUAUGCACUGCUCCAUUUUCACUCAAAAAAUUGUGGUUGAAUUAUUCCUUAUAGCCUAUAGAUCUCGCACAUGCUUUUUAGAUGAUGGAUUCACAUAAGGUGUAUAUUUUAUGUUUCUAAAAACAUUUCAAUAAAAUAUAUAAAUAGCAUUGUUUUCUCACCGUAUUAGAUUACACAUUCUACAAGUAUAGCCUAUCUAUGUAUCGAUACCCUGACCAACAGAAAAAUAAAGUACGUACGUUAAAAAGGAAAAUAAGUGCGCUCAUUCGCCAUGCCGACCAUUACGCAUAACACAUCUAUAACCAAAUUUCAAAACCAUCCUCCUUCUCCUCUACCUUACAAAUGUUCGUAGAAUUUCUUCAACUCUAAUGGACACGUUGUACAUUUGAACCAUGGGGAAAAAGCAAGAAGAUCUUGUGAUAUGCUUCAUCACGAUUGUGUUAUUUGUGUGCAUAAUCUUGGGAGGAAUUUUCCUAGGGAUGUAUCUCUUCUUGCCUCCUCAUCGGGUGCGAUAUUGGUAUCCCCUGGCAGGAAUAGGGCUGGUAAGCAUGCCAUGGCUCUUUUGGUUCAUUACUUACUUGUACAUACGUUUGAAACAAAGGAUAUAUCGUAAUCCUAAAUAUGAGAAGCCACCGCGAUCAUCACGACGAUCCUCCUUGAAAGAGCCAUCAUUGUUGCAACCUCCCUCCGAUGCAGAAGCUAAUGUGAAGCCUAAUGAUGUAGAAGUGAACGAGCCAAUAUUGCGCACACCUUCAGAUUCGAGUUCCAAGCACGUGCGCUUUGGAGGGGUUGUGGUGUUCAACGUUGAUCAGGAUGAGAAUGAGGGUAGUAGGCUCAAUGAACAUGAAUGUAUAGUUGUUUAGGGAGGGAUAAUCUUUUUUCCUUUUUGAGAAAGAGUUGAAAUCAUUCUAUUGUUUUUCAUUAAUUAGAUGUACAAUUUGUUUAUAAUAGAAAUGAUGAGACGCAAAUAAUAUUUAUCUGUUCAAGGUGUUCACAAUACUUAGAACUACUUCAAUUAUUUUUCAAGAAAUUAUCAGGUUUAAGACAUAUUUAUAUUCAAAACUUUCUUUUUCUUUAGCAAUCAUAAGAAGAAGAAAAAUUAUGCUCCUUUAUGAAUAAAUAUUAUUAAUUAACAACUACAUUCAAUUCAUUCUUUCAUAAGAUUCAAGACAUCCUGUGGUUUGAUUGCAGAUAGUAAUUAAUAUUAGAAUACUCACGCUCAAUUUCCCCCUCCUGGUGACUCCCUGAAGAUUUUCUUGUUGACACCGUCUGUCAUGGUGUUUGUUGCUCGUUAGAUCUUCUUGCAGUUCAUGAUACUAGCUUGGUUACAAAUUCCAUUUCUCUGGCGAUAGUAGGUUAGGUUCCUUGAGUCGCUUUCUAGGCUGUCCAUAAAGUGGCACGUAAAGCCCUAUCGAUUUAUUUCUUUUAUUUGGAGUCGUUUGUAGCCUGAUUAUUGUAGGCUUUUGUUUUUUAGGGUGUAAGGGGGUUGGGGGUGUUCUUCUUUACUUAUUUUAUGGUUAUUUUAGAGCAACCUUUUGCCAAGUAUGAUUGGAUAAGAUUCACAAUUUUCCAUGCCAUAUUUUCAUUUUAACUUUUUAUAGUAAUUUACUAAGUUUCACUAAACUAAAACUAAAUAAACAUAUAUUUGUUGUCACUAAGGUUUGAACUUGGAACCUCUAAGUCCAAGUUAUUAUCACUUAAGGCAUUUAGUGUUUAAACUAUGGUUUAACCGUUUCAUACUGAUAAAAGUAUAUAUCUAAUUGGGUUCCGGCAGGCCAUUUUUUUAUUUGGCCACCGUUACGUUUUUUGGAAUAUUAAUACAAAGUCCAAUUGCAGUUACUAUGCAAAUUCAAAAUUGAAAAAUGAGAAAUCAAAGAAUAAUUCCAUUAGAAAGCCCAAACUAUUCAAAAAGUGUCAUUUGUACUAAACUAUUAAAUAUGAUAAAUAUGGUGCGAACUAUUUUUCCGUUAAUGUUGAUUGUUAAUCUUUAACAGAAAAUUUAAUGAGCAUCUAUGUGGCAUCAGACGUGGAAAUAAUUUCAAUUUUAUUUAUUUUUUCAUAAAACUUGGAUUAGAAAAUAUUUUAUUAUGUAAAUAAAACACAAAACAAACUAAUUUCUCUUCCUCAUCCCCAUCCCCCUAUUUUCAUCAUUGUCUUCAAAUCACUGCUGCCCCCUCUCCUGAUUUUCAUCAUCGUCUUCAACAUCACUGUCGCCCAUCCCAACUCAGGGGGAAACCUUCGAUCAACACCACCAUCGACACCAGUCGCAUCUUCCCUAAUCUGAAACAUCCCCAAUCUCGCUUGACAUAGUCACAAACAUGGGAGAACAUUUAGGUUGGAGAUUUAAUCCCCUGCCUCAGGCUACAACGAAGAUCUCUGGCACUAAUUAUCCUCGAUCGACUCGAUUUCUACCAAGACCGCCACUACAAUAACCGUCACCGCCAUCAUCAAACUUCCUUCUCCUGUGAAUGGAGUAAGGCACUGGUGGUGCAAGACUGCAAGCAAGAGCAAAGAUGAAGUCGGGCGGAUGAAUUUAGGGCAUAAAUCUCAAAAUUGUUGCUUGCUCUGACGAUGGUGGAGCUACGACCGACAACUCUUCAACGGCGAAUCCGGGCAGCGAGGGUGGAGAUUUUUAGGGAUUUGAUUGAUUGAUUUAUUUAUUUAGGGAUAGGGAAGGAAACGGAUAGACGAGUUGGCAUGAGGGGAGGAAGGAGGCGGAGGCAUGAGUGGAGCAGAUCUAGGAUUUUAUGUUAAUUUGGCGGUGGUUUCUAGGAGGACGGCGGGGCUCGAAUGGCGCUGGGUUUCAGCAACUGGAGACAAGGGAAGAAGGUAAGUAGAGGGGUGGCAUGGGUUUUGUUAGGCCCCCCUCCAGGCAAGAGCCUCCCGCAGUUAAUUGUUAUCGAUUGAUGCAUGAUGAGGGGGUUCUCGAUCGAGUUUGGGGAAAGAUCCUGAUCCCAGUUUUCUUUUAAUUAUUACAAUUUAUAUUUUUAAUUUAAUUUACAAAUAAAAAGAUAUGAUGUUUUGAUGACGUGGCAACUUAUGUGGCAGACAUGUAGGUGCCACGUCAUUAUAGUAAAACAAACAUUUGACCAUCGUUAAGUUAACUGUUAAACUUAACGGUCAACGAAAUAGUUGGGCUACAACUGACCUAAAACCUUCUGGUUUGGAGCAUUUCUGUCAUAUUGAAUAGUUUAGGACACAAACGAUACUUCUUGGAUAGUUUGGGCUUCCUAGUGAAAUUAGCCUUAAAAAAUAGCAAACUAGAAC